GUGGGAAAAACACUUAAAUCCUAGUGUAUCCGUAGGACCACGAGAGCGGGCCCUCUUUCUUGUAGAUCCGCAGUUGAGCACAAUUCUGUGCUCAUCGACAGAGCUGCCCCAAGGAGCUCAAUAUGGAAGCCGGCGGAGUCGAUGGAGGCCCCGGCCCCAGUAACUUCGACUUCAGCAAGACGACCGACUACAAGGGCUUUGUCCAGCGCGAUCUCAAUGCGUGCCUCAUCGCCUUCUCGACCGUCUUCGUCGGCCUUCGCCUCUACGUCAGGGCGUUUAUGACCAAAGGUCUGGGCCUCGACGACCUGAUGUCCGCCAUCGCAUAUAUCACCCUCAUAGCAUUCUCCGCUCUGGAGAUCCGGGCUGUCGGAUUUGGUUCGGGAGCGCAUAUGAAUGAGAUUCCGGGAUACUUCAUCCCGAAAUUCUUCGCAGCCCUUACAACCCAGCACCUGAUGUACUUCUGGUGCGUGGGCAUUGUGCGAAUUGCCAUCGUCGCGUUCCUGCUUCGGCUGGGCCGAGAUUUACGAGCGACAUGGUACAACACGCUGGUGUAUGUCACCGGCGCAGCCAUCAUCCUACAAACCCUCGCGGGGUUCCUCUUCCGCCUGCUGGAAUGCAAGCACAUAAAGGAUCUCUGGAAGCCGCCGGGUAGCGGCAAGUGCCUCUCCAAGGACAGCGAGGCCAUCAUGAUGUGGACGCACGCCGCCGUCGGCAUCGCCAUCGACUUGGCCAUCAUCGCCCUGCCCAUCUGGGUCGUCCACUCCAAGAUGAUGCUCUCGGCCAAGACCAUGCGCGUCGUGCUCGUCUUCUGCGUCGGCAUCUUCGCCACCAUCACGGGAAUCAUCCGCCUCUCUAUCAUGGUCCGGACCGACUUUGCCAUUGACACCACCUACAAAAUGUCCACCAUCGCCUUCUGGACCGACCUCGAAGGCCACGUCGGCCUCUGGUGCGCCUGCCUCCCCGCCCUCCAACCCCUCGUGCGCCUCAUCUCCUACAAGCUCGGCCUGCGCAGCUCCCUCGACUCCUCGCACCGCAAGACACCCGGCUACGGCUACGGCGGGGGCGGAUCCAACAAGGGCCCGGGCUUGCGAGGCCCCGACGGCGCGUCGUCCUCGGCCUGGUCGCGCACCACCGCCGCCGUCGCCGUCACCAAGAAGAAGAACGGCUAUCUCCGCAGCGGCAGCGGCGUCGACGCCGCCGGGUCCGAGACGGACGGCGACGGCGAUGUGAGCAGCAGUGGAGGGAGCGGGAGGGGAAUCAUCGUGGCGGCGGCGGCCGGGGCCAUCGAGCUGCGUGAUAUGGGGGAGGGGGCGAGGCCGACGCCGCCGCCGCCGGGGAGGAUACAGCGGAAGACGGAGGUGAGGAUCCAAGUGGAGGAUGGGACGUUUCUUGAGGAUGGUGGGGAGAGGAGGCGGAAGUGGACGGGGGUGUGA